AUGGAUGAACGACGACUACCGCCCAAUUAUUUGGGUCACUAUAGCGAUGCGAUUUCCUGCGUCCCAGAGCUUGCGCUCACUGAUAAUCCAAAGACACCGAAUGGUCCUGCCGUCUCUACAGCUGUCCCUGCUCCAGCACAAGGACCAGAGAAGGAGCUGCUCGAAUCACCAACACCAUGGUACGACCCACGAGGGAGGUCCCUUCGUAAGAAGCUGAUCAUUGCUUCCGUGAUCGUCGUGGUGAUCGUCGUUACGAUCGUAGGCGCUGUGCAAGGCGUCCGGGCAAAUCGAUACCCCGACUACAUUCCCUUAAACUACAAGUUAGUGGAUACGUACGAAGGGCCCUCAUUUUUUGAUAAUUUUGAUUAUUUCUCCGACGAAGACCCGACCAAGGGCUUCGUAGUAUACGUUGAUGAAGGAACCGCCGAGUAUCUCAACCUCACAUUUGCGACAGAUACCUCGGCCAUACUACGCGUUGAUUCUUCAACUCCGAAUGCGCUGGUGGGCCGCAACUCCGUGCGGAUCGAGUCCAAGUCUACCUACGAUACGGGGCUUUUCAUUUUCGAUAUUCUCCAUACCCCAUAUGGCUGCGCCACAUGGCCCGCCCUGUGGCUUACCGACGGGUACAACUGGCCUAAUAAUGGAGAGAUCGAUCUAGUGGAAGCCAAUAACAAGGGUACGGAAGGCAACGAAGUCACCCUGCAUACGACCGCGGGGUGCUCGAUGGACGUCAAGCGUAAAGAGACCGGAUCACCCCAAUACAGUUCAUGUGGGAAUGACACCAACGGCAAUUCUGGCUGUGGGGUACAAGGGAAUCCAGCUACAUAUGGUCCGACGUUCAAUAAUUACGGAGGCGGAGUCUAUGCUCUCGAGCUUCGCGACGCUGGAGUUCGCGCCUGGUUCUGGCCGCGGGGCUCUAUUCCAGACGAUAUCACGAACGCUACUGGAGUCCCUAAUCCAGCUAUCUGGGGUACAGCCCUAGCGGACUUCCCUAGUACGGACUGCAAUAUAGCCUCACACUUCCGCAACCAGAGUAUCAUUGCUAACAUCGAUCUAUGCGGCGAGCUGGCUGCCCAGCCUCAAUUCUAUGAGGAACUAUAUAGCUGCCCCGGCACCUGCUCGGAGUUCGUGGCCAAUAAUCCGGAGGAGUUUGAUGAGGCAUAUUGGGAGUUUAAGAGUUUCAAGGUCUACCAGGCAGUCUGA